AUUUCUGUGAAAGCUUACUGAAUCUAUUUCCGCUCCUUUACUUCCAGACAAACCGGAUUUUAUAAAUGAAACUUACAGCCAUUGCUGCUGUUGCGGCCAGCGCCGCGGCUCUUGUGAGCGCAACUCCUCUCAGAGUCGUUGUCGUUUCCAACAGUGUCCAAACCACUGAACCGUUCCCGGGACCAUUGCGAUUUGGCCACCCCGUCGGCGGGUCCGAUGCUGUUGCCAAACUCAUGCCCAUGAAUCAACCUCGGCCACGACCCUGCGGCCGCUUCAGACAGAAGGCUAUCGACAUCUCCAACUCGUUCCGCAAGGCCUUUGGCUUCCCUCUUAUCGAGCCCGACAACGUCACCCACGGCAAGGAGAUCCACGGCGGUGUGAUUCGAAUCCUCCCCUUCAUUGGAGGCCCUACCGAAGCCAGGAUCGAGCGACCCAUGCGUAAUGGAAAGGGCUGGUUCGGAAGGACCAAGGGUGGAGAAAGAAUCCAGAUUAUCACUGCCGCUACCGCGGGCCCAGCUCAUGACAACGUCGGCGCCAAGUUGAGGCCAGUCAAAGGAUACGGAUAUGGCCACCCAGGUCAUCUCCACCACAAGGACCACCCCCACCGCCAUGGAUUCCACCACCGUCACGGACAAGACUUCUACACCCGCAUCCAGAACGCAAUCAUGUCGCUCGGCCCCUGGGAGGGCAGGGCUGUCGCUUUCGUUCUUGGCUGUGGUCUUGGUGUCUUGUUGCGCAUGAUCUGGGUCUUGACCGUCGUCACCUACCGCUCUAUCCGUGGCUCUGAUGAGACUGAAUACGUUCAAGUCACUGUCUUUGAUGAGGACGAGGAAGAUCAACGUCGCAACACACCCAUCAGCGCCCCUCCCGCCUAUGUCUACCCCGUCGACGAGAAGGUCGAACUCGAGGCACCCAAGGCAGCUGCCCCUACUGCUAACGAGAACUAGGCAGGCAGCUGGUAAUAGGCGGACUCAAAGAUCACAUUGCUCAACUCGGUCACUCGUUCUCGUUUUCUGAUAGUUGUUUUGCCUCCACUUUCCCCUACCCUUUACCCCUGAUUUCAUUGUACCGGCGAGCUUAUGGACUCUAUAUCUCAAUCCGUCGUAUAUACUGCUUUGAAAGUAUGAAUGCAAGAAUGCAAUGAUGCUGUGC